AUGGGCGGCGGACCCAUCGGCGGCUACCGUUCGGUAGCCUAUUUCGUAAACUGGGCCAUCUACGCCCGCAAACACCGGCCGCAGGACCUGCCCGUCGAGAACCUGACGCACGUGCUAUACGCCUUCGCCAACCUCUCCCGCCUCGGCUUCGACGGUCUCGACAUCGACUGGGAAUACCCGCAAUCGGCGUCAGAAGCGGCCGACUUCGUCUCCCUCCUCGCCGAAGUACGCCACGCACUCGACCAGCACGCGCGAACCGUCGACGCCUCCAGCCCGCCCCACUUCGAACUGACGGUGGCCUGCCCGGCGGGGGCGCACAACUACAACAACCUGGACAUCGCGGGGAUGGACCGGUACCUGGACUUCUGGAACCUGAUGGCGUACGACUACGCCGGGUCGUGGGACAGCGUGGCGGGCCACCAGGCGAACCUGUACCCGUGCGGGCACGACGCCGCGCGCACCCCCUUCUCGACCGAGACCGCCGUGCAGGCUCUGAUUGGGAAUGUGGUCGACGUGCUCGGCGGUCCCAAUUCGCUCCAGUGGCGCGAGAACUGUAUCACAUACCCUCACACCAAGUACGACAACCUAAGGGAAGGCUUCCCCAAUAAUUAG